CUUGGACGCUGAACCAUCGUAGGGACAUGGGAGAGGUUUCCCGAACCAAUCCUUAGACCCACAGGAUCCGCGCAUAGCGCAAUAGCCUUCGCCGCGGAGAGGCAUGUAGGGAGACACAUGGGUGUCGUCCAUCAUGAAGAAUGAGCAAGUGGGCCAGUAUACAUGAGCGAUGCGAGUUGCACGCCGAGAAGGACCCAGGACAGGAGUGUUCCUGCAGCGUGCACGCUGAGUCGUGCCACAUUACGUCUCCUCGACGCGUGUCAUGUGACCAAACGCCCAUUCACCGACGAGCAGCUUGGCCCCGGUCAGGACUUGAACUUCAAUGAAAGUACUGGUCUCGACCCAGACCUGAGGGCACGCCUCAGAAGCAUGGCUUCUAGGGUAAGAAAGAGUGCCACCGAAGGAUAUGCGACAUCUGCCCCCGUCUCCCCCACCGUCUCUCCUGCAAAGCCCAGAUUGCCAUUCACUCAAUCACUUCCUUUCCGUUCUGCGCAUGAUACACUCAGAGAUGUAUAUUCUUUGGACUAUGCAACAAACCCCAACUCUUCUUUCGCACCAUCACCAUCAUCAACGAGGAAGCGCAAGCUUGUCGUGCUCGAGGAGAUCGAGGAAGGACGAAGUUUCUCAAAUACAGUGGAUCGGUCUCCCGGUGAAGAUAAUACAUCGGAAAGCCUCGUCCAGUCGCCUAAUGCAUCAACUGCACAAAGUAGACCGACAAGACCGCUCCGGAGAACCUUCAGACGCGACAGUACUCGGUCGUUACCUGCAGGGGCGUUCCGAUUUCAGGGUAUCGAGGCAGGCGCUGAAGUUUUUGACCCGUUGCUGAUGCAGGAAGAAGAGGAUUGGAGCGGUGCAAGUUUCCCACAGUGAUUGCGGUAACGUUCAUCUUGCUUCGCUAUUUAUUGCUGAG